AUGACUUACUUAUCCCGACUCGGUAAUAUACCUAUCAUCCAAACCCGGAAAGCGUUGCUUCUCCUGGACUUUCAAAAUGACUUUGUGCGACAGUCGGGAGCUCUGUAUGUUGCCAACACUGCCGACUACUUGGAAACGCUCCCCCAGUUAGCGAGCGCGUUCCGUCGGACUGGCGAAGUCAUCUGGGUACGCACGCAAUUUGAGUCGUGCCGACCAUGGAUCGGCCCAGACGAGCAGGAAUAUGUCGUGUUGGCCCCCGAGACGGCUACCAAACGACUUCGGUCGGAUAAACCCCCAGGCCCAACAAGCGUAGAUCCCCAAGCCCCCGUGGAUGAGGAGGCUUUUCUGUCGAGCGAAACAUCAAAAUGUUGUCGCCCGCAGACGCCAGGCGCACAGUUCCCCGCGCCUAUUUUAGCCGCCAUUGAUGCCGAGUCGGACACCCUGGUAGACAAAUCGGACUACUCCGCCUUGCAAAGCCAAGGGCUAAUUCUGUCCCUCCGCACUCGCUUUGUGACGGAAUUGUAUCUGUGCGGUUCUCUGUGUAACGCGUCGGUGUAUGCCACCGCUCUCGAUGCCGUUCGGCACGGCUUCUCCGUCACCCUGAUCGAGGAUUGCCUUGGUUUCCGCAGCUUCCCCCGCUAUGAAGAAGCAAUGCGACGCAUGGCCGACAUAUUCGGGGCCAAUGGCAUUACGACGGAGGAACUCUACGAAGAGCUCGAUUGGCAGGAAACCGACGCCAUCGCACGCAAAGGCGGAAACAGACCGGUUCGGAAUGCUACUUCCUCCGGGAUUGAAGGGGUCAUGGAUGAUCUUGACGUCAAGCCCGCCAAACCCGCGAGAAUGGAAGAACCCGAACCAAUGCCGCGGGUUGCCCCGCCCCGUGGUCUUGACGCCAGUCCCGGUGAAGACCCUCUGGAGGAUCAUGAUGAUAUUCUAGCUUCGGUGGCUCGUACCCGCCACAGUCGAGCGGCGGAGAAGGCGCAGAAGGCGCGCGUAAAGGCGCGCCGGACGCAACGAGUAGAUUCGAAACCCGAAUCCACAUCGCGCACUGAAGGUCGACGAAGCACGAAGUCCAAACCAUCGCGUGAUAUCCGCAAACCGGGGGAUGCGAUCGGGGAGGGCGAUUCGCGUAUCGUCUAUGAUUUGGAUCUUCCCGCCAGUGCUUUUGAACAGAUCCGCACGGAGGUAGCCUGGCAGAAAAUGUACCACAUGUCCGGAGAGGUUCCGCGUCUCGUCGCCGUUCAAGGGCAGCCACUGUCGGAUGGCUCCAUCCCCAUCUAUCGUCACCCUGCCGACGAAUCGCCGCCAUUGCAGCCCUUCACGACCACGGUGGACCGAGUACGCAUGAUCGUGGAACGCAUCCUGCGGCAUCCCCUGAACCAUGUCCUCAUUCAGCUCUACCGUGACGGGCAAGACCGUAUCUCAGAGCAUUCAGACAAGACUCUGGACAUCGUCCGUGGAUCAUCGAUCUGCAAUGUCAGCCUUGGCGCGCAGCGGGUGAUGGUCCUCCGUAGCAAAGCGCAAUCCCAAGAGGCCGAAGAGGGGGAGUCCAGCCGGGCGACACAGCGGGUGCCGAUGCCCCAUGAAUCCCUUUUCAUUCUAGGCGAGAAAACCAAUAUGCGAUGGCUCCACGGCAUUCGUCCUGACAAACGCGCCGACACGGAGAAGUCCAUGGAAGAACGAGCCUACGCAGGCGAGCGAAUCUCGCUCACCUUCCGCCACAUUGGCACGUUCUUGAACCCCGCCGGCGACACGAUCUGGGGUCAGGGAGCUGUGUCCAAAAGUCAGGACCAAGCCAAUGCUGUGAUCCAUGGCGACCCCGCGGAGACGGAGCGGCUCAUUCGCGCAUUCGGGGAAGAAAAUCACGCGAUUGACUUUGACUGGGAUGCCGUCUACGGGGCAGGGUUCGAUGUGGUUAACUUUGUCACUGCGUCGGCGAACAAGCUCGUGGCCGGCGAAGAUGUUGUAGCCAAUCUGCGAGUGUUGCUCUGUCUGAGCGAGCAUGGCAUCCGGUACAAUCUGGAGACACCCAGCAGCGGGAAGAACGCUGGGCCUUUGUAUGUCGAUACGGACGGCACCAAGGUUACUGGGGAUAUCAAUAUUCUAACCCACUUGACCCAGCGUUCUACGGAGUCAAACCGACCCGGGAUAGAGCCAUUGCGUGGAGGUGAUCGAUUCGCGGAGAUUGAUGAACUCUUGAAGAGCUGGCGUGAGCAUCAGAAAGAAGAAGAAGAGGGCCAUCUGCGGGCUUUAGAUACAUGGGAGCGGGCCCUGAUUGGCAAGUAUUAUUUGAACGGGCCCACGUUUGGGCUGGAUGACUGUGCACUUUGGCCGGUCUUGAGGGAGAUCGUACAAGCCCGUGGUCCAUUCUCUGUGAAGGCCUAUCGCAACUUGGCCCAGUACUACCAGCGAGUCGAGAACCGUGGCUUUGUCAAGAAAUCGCUGGAAGAGUUGAGGUAA